UCAGCAAAGCCUGGACUUGGCACCUGUGGCGGGUGCGCCCUGGGACACGGACACACGGACAGACCCACAGGCCACUUGGACGAGGGAGCCGCACGUGUGGCCGCCGUCCAGGCCGCUUGUCCAUGGAAAAGAGCUCCAGGUCCAGCUUUAGGCUUCUUCUUACUUUACCAGUAUUUGGGGAAUUUGCCUUAAGAUACUGGAAGCUGGGCAGCCCCGGUGGCUCAGUGGUUUGGCACUGCCUUUGGUUCAGGGCGUGACCCCGGGGUCCUGGGAUCCAGUCCCACCAGCAUCCGGCUCCCUGCGUGGAGCCUGCUGCUCCCUCUGCCUGGGUCUCUGCCUCUCUCUGUCUCCUCUCUGUGUGUUCUCAUGAAUUCUCCUCUCAUAAAUAACCUCUCAUAAAUAAAAUCUUAAAAAAAAUAAAGACAUUAGAAGCCUUUGUGACUCGCUUCAGAGUUGAAGGUACCAGGAAUUCAAUGAAUUCCUGAUAGGACUUUGUAGUGGAGAAUCACCCUUAUCUGUGGAACCAGUAACAGAGAUUACAGGACUCAGAUUUCUGGUUUUUAAAUUAGUACAGUAUUUUAAGUGUCUGUCCCAGCUUUAUCCCAUCUUUUUUUUUAAAGAUUUUUAUUUAUUCAUAAGAGGCAGAGACACAGGCAGAGGGAGAAGCAGGUUUCCUGAAGAGAGCCUGAUGCAGGACUCCAUCCCUGGAUCCCGGGAUCACACCCUGAACCAAAGGCAGAGGCUCCACCACCUACCCCCAGGCGCCCUUAUCCCAUCUUACACACAGUCUGUCCAGGUUUAACCUGGAAGCUCAUUUCCCUCCUAUAUUUCCUUCUUCUCCAACUUCCUUCUGAUACCAAUACACUUUUUCCUGGAAAAGUACUUCCUCGUCUACAACAGCCAUUUGUUCUCUUUACUUAAACCGACCCUCCUCGGACAUGGUCGGGGUUUGCCGGGGAGGCCUUGGCUUUACAGCCUUAACCUUGAGCUCCUGCAUGUGAUGACAGAUACAAAAGACGGAAUAUUAGAAGUCUUCUUCCCUUGAGCAAGUCAAAUGGUCUUCACACGAGUCGUCUUUUCCAGUGCCCCAACUUGAAGGGUCCUGGUGAAAUAUCCCACCAUCAGGGUAAGACAGGUUACCUAAGAGCUAGUGAGACCCCCGGAGGGAAGGCAGUCCGUCCCGCCUGUUCUGGGCAAGGGGCCGCUCCUGGCCAUGUCACCCGUGGCUGCUGCCGAGCCAGACGGGGCCCAGCGCGACAGGUGCGUCAGCAAGCUCAUCUUCUUCCUUUUUGUCUUUGGUGCCAUGCUGCUGUGUGUGGGGGUGCUGCUGUCCAUCUUUGGGUUCCAGGCAUGCCAGUACAGAGUCUUCCAGGACUGCAGUGUGGUGCUGAAGGUCGCCGGGCCGGCCUGUGCCGCGGUAGGGCUGGGGGCCGUGAUCCUGGCCCGCUCCCGGGCCCGGCUUCAGCUCCGGGAGAGCCGCCUGCGGGGCAGUCCGGCGGACCCCGACCGAGCCUUCCUCUGUGGGGAGAGUCGCCAGUUUGUCCAGUGCCUCAUCUUCGGGUUUCUGUUCCUGACAAGUGGCAUGCUCAUCAGCAUCCUGGGCAUUUGGGUCCCCGGCUGUGGCUCAGACUGGGCGCAGGAAGCACUGAACGAGACGGACUCUGCCGACACGGAGCCGCAGAUGUGUGGAUUCCUGUCCCUGCAGAUCAUGGGGCCCCUGAUUGUACUCAUGGGGUUGUGUUUCUUUGUGGUGGCCCACGUGAAGAGAAACAACCUGCAUGAGGGCCAGGAUGCCUCCGAAAGUGAGGACCCGCAGAUCCAGAGCUUGGAGCCCGUCCAGGUCACCGUAGGUGACGCCGUGAUCCUAUUCCCGCCGCCGCCGCCGCCCUACUUUCCCGAGUCCUCGGCUCCUGCAGCGACUCGAAGUCCUGGGGCUGAUGGUUUGCGUCCAGAUGAAAAUCCACCUUCGUAUUACAGUAUUUUUAACUAUGGUCGGACCCCAGCUCCUGGGCGCCAGGGCGCCGCCCCCGAGGUGCAUGGAGAAUCCAUAUACACCAUUUCUGGGGCUGCUGUGGCCCCCGACCCCCUCCCACCCCCCGAGCUGCCUCCCAGGUACGAGGAGAAGGAAACGGCCGCCGCCUCGACGCCGACCCUGGGCUCCGGGCCUGCCGCGCCGUGAGCCGUGCACUCCGCUUCCGUUUUCUGGAAAACUGAUGGCUAUUUUAUUUAAUUUGUUUUUUAAUAAAAAGAAAAAAAUACCAC